AUGGAUCAAGAGGGGAACCAAGAUGAGCAGAUGGAGGAUGCUGAGGCAGAGCAAGAGGAGGAUGAGCUCCCUAUGUACCAAGAGCACUACAAUGCUCUCUUCUCCAUGGACUUUUUCUUCUCUCACCGCAUGGAGUCUUACAAGGAGUUCACUUGUGAGUUUUUGGCGUCGAUGAGCAUCACGAGUGAUGAGCUCGAUCGAGCUGAGUUGGACCAAGGCUGGGAUGGAUCACAUAACUUUCUUGGCAAAGGGAGAGAAGAAAUGGUGACCUUUAGGCAGCUUGGAGAUCUGUUUGGGUUCACUAUGGAGAGGGAAUGGAACAUCAAGGAAGAAGAACUCCAAAGAGUUUGGGCUACAAUAGCUGAGGGAGUACUCUUCCUCAAGGUCCAAGGCUGCUCAGAUCAGGAGCCCAGUGCUUGA